AGCAACAACAGCAGCCAAACGAGCCACUCAACUCAGCCAUCAGCUCAACCACCCAGCCACCCAACUACCCACUCAAACACAACAACAAAAUGGGCAGCUGCUGCUCUAAGGAUUUGGAUGAUAAGCGCUCAUGGAGUCCCGAAGAGACCAAAAAUGGCAGCACCACAUCGACUAUCAUAGCACAGCCCAUGGAUGAUGUGGGCAGCACAGGUGUCUUUACGUUAACGCGCCCAACAGCAGCAGCAGCAACAACAACAACAACAGGGAAACAACAAGAACAACUCACAGGAACAACAACAACAACAACAGCAGCCAAUGCUGUUGAUCCUGAUGUCAAGCAAUAGCUGCAGCAAACAUUCCAAAAA